AUGAUCGUCACGGUCGCGCCGGCCGUCGGCGCGUUCCUGGGCACGCGCGUGCUCUUCCCGUCGCGGCUGAAGUACGCCAAGUCCAUCGCGCUCCUGCUCGCGGCGUCGGCCGCGGGCUCGGUGCUCGAGGGCCUCGUGCCGGAUUCGACGGCGGCCGUGGCCAUCGUGCCGCUGGCGUCCUUCGGCUGGGGCGUCUACCCGUCCAUCACGGCGCUGCUCACGCCCGACGAGGCCCACGCGAACCAGGGCCACCUGCAGGGCGCGCUCUUCGCGAUCACGACGCUCGGCUCCGUCGUCGCGCUCGGCCUCUACCUCCUCGUCUACGACCUCACGCUGCCGAGCGCCGACUCGGGCACCUACAGGGCGCGCCACGACUACGAGUUCGGCGCCAUCUGGCUCCUCUCGGGCUUCCUCCUCGCGGCCGCGGCGGCCUGCGCGCUCGAGGCCGGCGACGCGGCGCCCGCGGCGGCGCGCGCGGCCCCGGCCAAGGGCGACGAGGACACGAAGGAGGGGUAG